AUGACGGCGUCGGGUAUUGAACCCGGGGCUCUGCUGGGCGGAGUGUGUGACUCGUCGCAGCCGCCUGUCAUCCCCCCUGGUGCUGCCACGAUGCCUUCCGUGUGGUGGACGACUAGCCUGCGCAACAACAGCAAGGUCAUGCUCUUCUCCCAGGGAGCUAACCGCUGGAUAGCACCACCCACUGCCACCGCACCCUCCCCCCCUCCCUCCCGCCCCUCCUCCUCCCCCGCUCUUGACUGGUCCAAGCCAUGGGCAGCAGGACUCACUACCUCCCUGCCUCUCAACCAGUCUCUCACCAUUGUUUUCACGUCCUCCUCUUCCGCCUCCUCCGCCUCUGCCCCCUCCUCCCCUUCCUCUGCCUCUCCCGCCUUUGCACUGCAAGCGCCCUCCGGUCUCUUUCUCGCACCGUCCUCGCCCACCCCUCGAGCCACGUUCGCUGCCACUGCUGGUUCCAUUGGGGACGCAGCUGCCUUUGUUGCCGAGCCUGCUCCUGGCGACCCUUCCUCCCUCCUCAUCCGCCUCGCAUCCCCUCCCGCCUCCUACCUCACCGUCUCCGCCCCUCCCGCGUCCCUCCUCGCGCUCCAUCCCCCGGGCUCCCUCCCUGCGCGCCCCGCAUACUUCCGCAUGCGGGAGGGCAUGGAGGUGGCAGCAGCGCGCGGCGUGAACCUGGGCGGGUGGCUGGUGGCGGAGGAGUGGAUGGAGCCGGGGCUGUUUGAGGGGGUUCCGGACGUGGUGGACGGGGUGCUCGUGCAACUGCAGGCGCAGCAGUCGGGGCGAUACGUGUCGCUUCGAAUCAAAAGUCACGGUGAGGGCAUGGGCGUGAACCUGGGGGGGUGGAUGGUGGCGGAGGAGUGGAUGGAGCCGGGGCUGUUUGAAGGGGUUCCGGAGGUCGUGGAUGGGGUGCUCGUGCAGCUGCAGUCGCAGCAGUCGCACCUGUUUGGGUUUGAGUCGUUGGCUGUCAGAGCAUCAGCCACCUCGCCAUCCUCAGCUGAGACCUUCUUCCUUCGCCUCGCACCCGGCCCCUCCUCCUCCCCUCCCCUCUCCCUCUCCUCCCCCUCCUCCUCGCCCUCCAACGUCUCUCUCUACAUCCGUGCCGCCAACGGCCGCUUCCUCUCCAUUCCCUCCACUUCUUCUCCUGCCUCUCGCUCCACCUCUCGUUCCUCUGCCUCCGCUGCUGCUCCACCUAGCUCUGUGCUUGUUGCUAAGGCGGACCGACGGCGAGGCGAGUGGCAGCUAUCCCAAGGCCUCAGAGCCACCCAAGGGGACGAGGAGGCGGAGAGGCGGGUGAAGGAGCAUAGAGAGGGGUUUGUGAGGGAGGAGGAUUUGGCGUAUUUGUCAAGGCAGGGGGUGAAUACGGUGCGGGUGCCUGUGGGGUACUGGACUGUGUAUGGGGAGGGCGUGGGGGAGAGCGGCGGCACGCCGUUCGUCGGAGGGGGUCUGGCGAAGGUGGAUCAACUCUUCCACUGGGCAGAGAAGCACGGAGUGAGGGUGCUCUUUUCCCUGCACGGGGCACAUGGGUCGCAGAACGGGUACGAUCACAGCGGCAGUCAGGACGGCUUUGGGGAGUUUGGCCGCGCCGACUCUGCAUACCACGUCACUGCCACGCUGAACACCAUCCAGCUGCUCGCCAAGCACUAUGCCGCCCGCCCUGCCUUUCUGGGCAUGGGCGUGCUCAACGAGCCCACCAGCAACUGGGUGAACUCGCAGGCCCUCUCCUCCUUCUACCGCCGUGCUUACACCGCCGUGCGCGCUGCCUCUCCCUGCGCCUAUGUGGGCCUCUCCACCUACGCUGACACUGACAGCCCGUUUCUGAAGGGGCUGAUGACGGGCGACGAGCACACGAACGUGCUGGUGGACCUGCACAUCUACAGCGUGCAUGCGGAGAAGCUCAGGCAGAUGUCCCUCCAGCAGAACCUCCAGUUCCUCACACUCAACAGGUCAGCGGAGAUAAGGCAGUACCAGGAGGGCAAUCGGAUGGCCAUGGUGGGCGAGUGGUCACUCGCUCUACCAACCGACAACGACUCCGAUGAUGACGUCAAGAAGUUCGCUGAAACGCAGCGGGAGGUGUUUGGGCAGGCCAAGGGCGGGUGGUACUUCUGGUCGCUCAAGCUCAACCGCACCAACGACUACCCCAACUGGAGCUUCCGCUCCAGCGUUGCAGCUGGCUGGCUGAAAAAUGCCUCCAGUGGUUCUGGCGUGUGGUGA